AUGAGUAAAAGACAGGAAAACGCACAUAUCCCAAAGUACAUCAAAGAUCAGCCUUGGUUUUACAAGAAUCUGACGGCAUCUGCGGAAGAAGAUUCAGAUUACUUAGCACAUCAUCGAAGGUCGAAUAGACCUGAUAACGAUCUGGAUAUCGAUAAUAACUCAGAACCAAAGGUCGGGCGUGGUAUUCAGGAUGAAUACGAGCGAGUAUCAACCACUAAAAGCUUGAAAGGCCCCAGAUUCGACCGCGAUAGUUGUUCGAAUUGUGGAAUUUUGGGCCACCAUGCUAAAGACUGUCUGGAGGCUCCCAGAAAGCGCAGAGCUCGUUUUUCAACUAGCGAGACUGCACAAGUAGAGAGGCGGAAAGAUUCGGGCUAUAGCUGGGAUGCCAAAAAGGACCGCUGGUACGGCUAUGAAGGCGAAGACAACGAUGCGGUGCUUCGAAAGAAACAGGACCAAUUCCAGACGCGGCUCGAUAAAAGCAUCGAGGCCGAUGCAGUGGAUACAGACGAAGAGAUAGAGCUCGCUGCACUGGGCCUCUACAAAGAAGAGACCACCGGUAUCGUGGUUCAGGACGAUGCACAAGGAUCAAAGCUCCGGGCUUCGGUACGACUAAGAGAGGAUCGUGCGGCGUAUCUCAACGACAUCAAUUCAGAAACCCUCAACUACGACCCCAAAUCCCGUCUUUACAAGACUGACGAUCUUGGAGAGAUAGACUCUGAAUCUAAGAUGUUUCAUCGUCAUUUGACCGGAGAAUCGCUCGAACUUUCCAAGCUGAACAGAUUUGCACGCGAACAAACGCUCAAAUCUGGUAUCAAAGAUGAAAUCGAAGAUGCAGCUAAGAUGAAGCACGUCUUAGUCGCUAAUCCAACAAAAUAUGAACUACUUAUGAAACAAGAUCAAAGCAAGCCGGCGGCUGCCGAGCCAAAUUCCCAAAAGACUCAAAGUGCAAAAAAGAUCACUGGCACAAAACAGUCGCUAGAGACAAAAAGUCAGCUACUCCAAAAGUAUGGCUGA